GCGGGAUCGACGCUGGCCCUUUAACUGCGCCUUCCCGGGUGGGCCCGUCCCGCGCUUGCGCACUGUGGUUCUGCGCUUGUCAUCAUGGCGACGCGGGGCCAUGUGCAGGACCCUAACGACAGGCGCCUCCGGCCCAUUUACGAUUAUCUUGAUAAUGGGAAUAAUAAAAUGGCAAUUCAGCAAGCAGAUAAACUGUUGAAGAAACAUAAGGAUCUUCACUGUGCUAAGGUCCUAAAAGCAAUUGGUUUGCAGAGAACUGGAAAGCAAGAGGAAGCUUUCACCUUGGCUCAGGAAGUGGCCGCUCUAGAGCCCACAGAUGACAACUCACUACAAGCACUGACCAUUCUUUACCGGGAGAUGCAUCGGCCGGAGUUAGUUACAAAACUUUAUGAGGCAGCUGUGAAGAAAGUUCCCAAUAGCGAGGAGUAUCACUCUCACCUCUUCAUGGCCUAUGCCAGAGUGGGAGAAUACAAGAAAAUGCAACAGGCUGGCAUGGCUCUAUAUAAGAUUGUUCCCAAAAACCCUUACUACUUUUGGUCUGUGAUGAGCUUAAUUAUGCAAUCUAUAUCAGCACAGGAUGAAAACCUGUCUAAAACCAUGUUUCUGCCCCUUGCUGAGAGAAUGGUAGAAAAAAUGGUGAAAGAGGACAAGAUUGAAGCUGAGGCUGAGGUUGAACUUUAUUAUAUGAUCCUGGAACGCUUGGGAAAGUACCAGGAAGCCUUGGAUGUCAUUAGAGGGAAAUUAGGAGAGAAGUUGACAAGUGAGAUUCAGAGUCGAGAAAACAAAUGCAUGGCUAUGUACAAGAAGCUGAGCAGGUGGCCAGAGUGCAAUGCUCUUUCCCGGCGCCUUUUACUGAAAAACUCUGAUGACUGGCAGUUCUAUCUGACUUACUUCGAUUCUGUCUUCCGACUAAUUGAAGAGGCCUGGACCCCUCCUGCUGAAGGUGAACACUCUUUAGAAGGAGAAGUACAUUAUUCUGCAGAAGAAGCUGUGAAGUUCAUAGAAGACCGGAUAACAGAGGAGUCCAGAGGUUCUCGCCAUCUCCGAGGACCACAUCUAGCUAAACUGGAGCUGAUUAGGCGUUUACGAAGUCAAGGGUGUAAUGACGAGUACAAGCUGGGAGACCCAGAAGAAUUGAUGUUCCAGUAUUUUAAAAUGUUUGGAGAUAAACCAUGUUGUUUUACAGACCUUAAAGUGUUUGUUGACUUGUUGCCAGCUGCACAGUGUACAAAAUUCAUUAAUCAGUUACUUGGAGUUGUUCCUUUGUCGACACCCACGGAGGAUAAGCUUGCACUGCCUGCUGACAUCCGAGCUUUGCAGCAACAUUUGUGUGUGGUGCAACUGACAAGGUUACUCGGCUUGUACCACACCAUGGAUAAAAAUCAGAAAUUGAGUGUGGUCAGAGAACUGAUGCUAAGGUACCAGCAUGGACUAGAAUUUGGAAAAUCCUGUUUGAAAACAGAAUUGCAAUUUUCUGACUAUUACUGUCUCCUUGCUGUCCACAUACUCAUUGAUGUUUGGAGAGAAACAGGUGAUGAGACUGCGGUGUGGCAGGCCCUGACUUUGCUGGAAGAAGGGUUAGCCCACAGCCCUUCCAACGCUCAGUUCAAAUUGCUGCUUGUUCGAAUCUACUGUAUGCUGGGUGCAUUUGAACCGGUGGUGGAUCUUUACUCCAGCCUCGAUGCUAAACAUAUCCAGCAUGACACCAUUGGUUAUCUUUUGACCCGGUACGCUGCAUCACUAGGUCAGUACGCUGCUGCCUCCCAGUCCUGUAACUUCGCACUCAGGUUUUUCCACUCCAACCAGAAAGAUACCUCAGAAUAUAUCAUUCAAGCUUACAAAUAUGGUGCAUUUGAGAAGAUCCCAGAGUUUAUCGCUUUUAGGAACAGGCUGAAUAAUUCUCUUCAUUUUGCACAAGUCCGUACUGAACGGAUGCUGUUAGACCUUCUACUUGAAGCAAAUAUAUCAAGCAGCUUAGCAGAAAGUAUAAAGUCAAUGAAUCUUAGGCCAGAAGAAGAUGACAUUCCAUGGGAAGAUUUGCGAGACAACAGAGACCUAAAUGUUUUUUUUAGCUGGGAUCCAAAAGACAGGGAUGUUUCUGAAGAACAUAAGAGACUUUCCUUGGAAGAAGAGACCCUGUGGUUAAGGAUCCGCUCCCUCACAUUAAGGCUGAUUAGUGGACUUCCCAGCCUCAACCACCCUGUGGAGCCAAAGAACUCAGAGAAAAGUGCUGAGAAUGGCGUUUCCUCCAGGAUUGAUAUUCUCCGCUUGCUCCUUCAACAGCUGGAGGUAGCUGUGGAAAUGGGAAAGCGAUUCAUUGAGAAGGAAAUUCAGUAUCCUUUUCUUGGUCCUGUACCCACCAGAAUAAAUGGAUUCUUUAGUUCUGGCUGUUCUCAGUGCCAGAUAAGUUCCUUUUAUCUUGUUAAUGAUAUUUAUGAGCUGGAUACCAAUGGCUUGGAGGAUACAGUGGAGAUACAGGAGCGAGUAGAGAAUAGUCUUAAGUCUUUACUAGAACAGUUAAAAGAUGUCUUCAGUAAAUGUAAAGGCAACCUCUUAGAAGUUAAAGAUGGCAACUUGAAAACACAUCCUACUCUUUUAGAAAAUCUCGUCUUCUUCAUUGAGACUAUUUCUAUUAUCCUUUGGGUGUCUGGUUACUGUGAGAGCGUCCUGCGACCAUUCAAACUAAAUUUACAAAAAAAGAAAAAGAAGAAAAAAGAAACUAGCAUCAUCAUGCCGCCUGUCUUCACCAGUUUCCAAGACUUUAUUACUGGACUUCAGACUUUAAUUUCCAAUGUUGUGGAUCAUAUUAAGGGGCUUGAAGCAUAUCUAAUUGCACUUAAGCUUGAAGAACUUAUUUUAGAAGAUACUUCAUUCUCUCGGGAAGAAAGGAAAGUUUCAAAGACUGUUCAAGGGAAGGUGAGAAGCAGUUACCUGCACUCACUCCUGGAGACAGGGGAGCUGCUGAAAAAAAGACUUGAGGCCACAAAGAAGCUGAAGAUUUAAGAAGGUACAGUCUGCAGGCCUUGAUGACAACAGCAGAAAACAAUGAAAUCAUCUUCCCAGCAAAAGCCACACUAUUGACCAUCUUUUAAUCCAGAACUUCCUCAUAAAAUGCAUGAAGGACUUUGAUCGUGAAUUAAUUUUUUGAGGUUUUAAAUAUGUACAACUGAUUAAAUUAUUGUAUAUAAAGCAGAAGCAGGAACCCACAUGUGGGUUCGACCACUUUUUAUACAUGUUCAUAUGCGUGUGGCAGCAACAAAAGAACCACACUCUUCUUCCCUCCCGUCACCAGACACAUCUUGGGGAGGCAGUGUCCUGCAAAAGCAGCAGUGGAACUGAGUUGCCCUUCCAUCCUGACAGUAGGAAUUUUUGUCUGUUCCUUGAGCCAUAAGAGGCAGAAGUAGAGGAAGCAAGAUUGGGAUGGAGUUCUCCCUCCCACAGCUGCAGUCUCACUCAGAGGCUUCUCAGCUCCUCACUCCCGCUGAAGCCAUGGCUGGUCCACUAAGGACAUCACAGGUUUGCAAUUAAAACCUGCCACGAAAGCACCUGCCAGAUGACCACAGGUGCUCAAAAGUUUUCGGUCUAGUAAUCUUGAUAGCCAAGCCCCCCCCCCCCCCCCCCCGCAAUUCUAGCUUCUUUGAGUCAAGUUGCAGGAGACAGGAAAGGCUCUGUUAAUUUCUAGCUAUUUUGAGAAGGCAGUACAGGCCACUUCAUAAGCCUCCUGGAGUCAUCCAUUUAGGAAAAGUGAGAAUCACUAGUCUGAAGAAAAGGUGUAUAUAACUGACAUGGCAAGUCAGAUACUUAAUUCCUUUGGUUUUGUGAGUCGUAUACUGCAGGUGGUUCUUAAGUCAUAUAUGUAUAUGUGUGUAUAUGUGUAUACAUAUAUGUACACACAUAUGCUUAAAAUAAGAUAGUUUCUUUUUUAGUCUUUUUAAGUCUGGGAUUUGGGAAGGAAGGAAUUGUAUAUUAUGGAUUUAACCUGGGUUUUAAAUUUUAGGCUGACAAAAGAAGUGUUAUGUAAUGGAUUUGAUGUUUGCUGUAUGUUCUUGAGACAUGAGGCUCACGUGGGGAUGGUUACUUUACCUGCAAGUUCAGUCCCAAGACUGUGGCUUCAGAGGUUGGCCUGGUAGAAAAGAUAAAAAUUGCUCUUGAAAAUGUUACACAAUUUUCGUUUUGACAACUUUUUUGGUGUUUGACUCCCUGCUUGUUUUUGAUCCUUGUUACCUAACUAUUGAGUUGGUAAUUCUGUAAUAAGAAUCAAGAAGUGAAUUUGAUGAGGAAAUGCAAGCAUUGUUGGAGGAUCAGUUUUACAGAUAAGAACAGUCCUUUCCUGCAUGCUGCUCCAGUGAAACGGGAUAAUUGUAAAAUCAACUAAAAGCUAGCUGGGAAAAUCUUUACAGAGUUUGCAUUUUGUUCUUCAUCUCGACUUUCUUAGAUUAACAGUUUGAUAGGGUGAUUAAAAACUGUUUCAACUUCCUGGGAAUUUUUAGAAAUUACUCUAUGGCCUGUUAAAAAUAGGACAUGUUGGAGAGCCUAUAUACCAUUGAGUAAUUGUAAAAUACUAUUUUUUUAUAUGAAUUAGUAGGCAGUGUCACAUAUCCAUCCUAAAAGGAAGAUCUUAAACAAGAAGAAUUGAACAUUCUGACUGUGACUGCCCUUACAUUUCAUCACCUAUGGCCUAUUUCAAGUGGACUGUGUGUGUAUGGAGGAAGGGGUUUUAUGUAUGGCAUGUAUUCUUGGAAUGAUGUUUCUUUGAAGAUCAAAAAAAAAAAGUACUGGGCAUACAAAUAGAAAUGCUCUUUGAAAUCAAUGCAGCAUGCACCGGGCUGGCGCUGGUACUCAGGGCAGCGCAUGACUAGUGGUCAUCAACCUUUCUCUUGCCCAGGGAUGCCCAGGACUUCUCUGCCAGUGUCCCUGACACAAAAUGUUAGACUGGAGUUAUGUUCCCUUUGUUACUUGCUGAUUUUCAGUUAGAUUCAAUUCUUAACAUUUUGAGAUAAUUGUAAAAAAAGAAUGAAAUUAUGCAGAAAUAGCUACUACCUUUUUAUCGAACUGUUCUUCUGGAAACUCAUGCACUAUAAAUUGUGUACAGUUAAAUAUAUACAUAUAUAUAUAUAUAUUCUUACAUGAGUAAAACCCACCAUCUCCCAGCAAUUGUAUGUCAUUGCUAUUUGAAGAGAAUUCCCAAAUAACCCAUUCUGCUGCUGCUGUUUAUGGUUUGUAUAGGUUUUUUUGUUUUGUUUUUGUGUGGUAAAUUGAUAUUUAAAAAAAAAAGAAAAGGAAACCACGACUACUGUUUACAGACUGAAAAAUGAUUGCUUUUUAUACUACUGAGAUCCUAAGUUAAGACUCUCCAUAGGAAACUUUUGGUUUAAAUCAUUUAUCUGAUGUGGAUAGAAGGUAGAGACAUUUUUAGUGUUUUCCACAUAAUGGAAGAUGUACAAAUGCCUAGUUGUGUUGCCCAUCAAUUUUGUAUAUUUUCAUAAUUUUAAUUGUUCAAAAUUGCAUUAUAUUUUGCAAUCACUAUGUUCAAUCGGAAUUUGUCUUUCAUUUUAACUAUUAGUAUAAAAGGGGUUUCAAUGUAUCUAUAGGCUUGUUAUUGAAACUUCCUAAUUGGAUAUGAUUCAUUAAUAGAGGAAAAAAAGCCUGGACUUCCUUUAGUUCAGAAUUGACACAUAAGAAAUCUACUUCAAACUGGAUGGGUUUAUUUACAUAAACUUAAAUUUUAA